AAUUCAAUCAAACGAAUGAUCUUUUCUUUGACAGCUGUUCAGUUGAGCCAGUCAGUUCGUGAAAGACCAAAGUCAAUGGCUGUUCCUUCUCAAGGAAUGAUUAAUCUCAGUAGUACUCCAGAUCUGAAAACUUACCGAUCCAGUUCCAUUUUAUCGAGAAAUGAAGAUUUGACUGAUGCAGAUAAUGGCUCUGUUUUGCUCUACCCAAGCCUGAGCAGCGCACAUUCUGUAUCAAUUGAAUCGCUAGAGGAUCUGAAUUAUGAUUAUGAUGAGGAUAUUGCUAUGAAAGGACCAGAGCCAGAAUCAUGGAGUGCAACGAUGGACAAAAAGACUUUGAAAAAAAUGAAUGCAAAAGAUAUUAAAAGACAGGACCACAUAUUUGAGCUUAUUCAAACUGAAAAACAUCAUUUAAGGACGUUAAAAAUAAUGCAGAAGAUUUUUAGCUACGGAAUGCAACAUGAGUUGCACAUGGAACGGGAUUUAAUUAAUAAGAUGUUCCCGAGUUUAAAUGAACUUGUGGAGAUUGCAGUGUCUUUCCAUAACCGUCUGAAGGAACGUCAGAGUCAAGCUAAGGUGGUUGAGUGUAUAGGUGAUGUUCUUGUUGACCAGUUUGACACAGAAUCUGGUGAAAAAAUGGUAAAGUCUUAUUCCUACUUCUGCAGUCGGCAGAAAGAAGCAGUGCAAACAUACAAAGAUUUAUUGAAAACAGAUCGUAAAUUUCAGCUAUUUAUCAAAAAAUGUAGUAAUAACGCUUUAUGUCGCCGAUGGUCCGUCCCAGAAUGCAUUUUAAGUGCCAUGCACAGGCUUACUAAGUAUCCUUUGUUGAUACAUGCCAUCAUAAAGCAGACAAAACCUUCAAAAGCAGAUUAUCGACCUCUGCAGAAAGCGGUUACUUGUGUCAAGAGCAUAUUAGGCAGGGUUAAUGAAGAGGUACAACUGUAUGAGCAGAACAAAAAGCUGUGGGAUAUAUACAACAAGGUAGAAGGACGGGCGUAUGGUAUGAUGAAGAAUGGGAAAAAGUUUGAGAAAAAAGAUAUAGUUUCCAAAGACCGAAAGUUGAGGUAUGAGGGUACUAUUCAGUUGAAGUCAGCACGGGGAAAAUAUACAGAAAUAGUUGGUGUACUCCUUACAGAUGUUUUCUUGCUACUGGAAUUAAACAAUCAAAAGUAUACGUUCACAUCUCAAGACCAAAAGGCCCCUGUUAUAUCGUUACACAAGAUGAUGGUAAGGGAUGUAGCUACAGACAACAAGAGUAUUUACUUAAUCAGCACUGCAUCCUCAGGCCCAGAGAUGUAUGAAGUGAAGUGUGAAUCAGAUGAUCGCAAACUGUGGAAGGCAAAAAUUGAGGAAGCAGUUAAGGAAUGCCCAGCACCUGAUGAGGACCUCCAAGUAGAGGAAGUCGAUGAACAGAUACGAUUAGAGGAAGUCAGAGCAAAGACAAUAAAGCAGUUUAUAAGUGAUUUGCAGAAUAAGGACAGCCAAAUAAAAUCACUUGCCACUGAGAAGACUAACCUGAUAAUAGAACUUGCUAAAGUUAUCCGCAAUGACAAUAGCAAUCUUCGAGAAUCCGAGGAAAUGUUAUAUAUGAAAUCCAGUGAAUUGUUAUUAAAGUCUCUUGAAGAAGUGACCCAUUUAACAUCUUCUGUGUGCAGUAUAAACUACAUGGGGCUAGGUCGUAGUGCAAGCAGCGCUGGUGAACAUUUUAGCGGUACUUGUCAGUUACCAGCCUUACCAAAACGAGCCGAAACUUUCAGCGGCUUUGAUAGCUCUGUCAAAGACCAUGCUACAUUUGAUUUCGGCCUGCCUGGAACAAAUCUACAAAAACGAUACUCUCGCAGGAAUUCUACAUCGGAAAACCGAAGUUCAAGUUCACCAAACCUAUCAAAGGAACAGACUCACAGUAUGCAUAGCCAAGAUACAGAUAAAGGUGGCUCAGAUCCCACACUUAAUCCAGACACCAGGUCGCUCGCAGGGAUGAAGAUGGACAGUCAGGCUAAGUCUCAAAUGGGCAGAAGUUUAAGUGAUGCAGCAGACUGGAAAGCCAUGAAAGAAAGGGAAAAAAUGUUUGCAGCUCUUAGACGUGAUCCUAACCAGACCAUUGAUAGUGAUAAUUCCCAAGGUGACCUAAGUUCAAGUAUAGACUCUACUCCAGGAGGCACCACACAUUUACCUACAAAUGAAACAGUAACUGCAACUACUCGGUUAACACAGUAUUUAAAUAGGCUGUUGGUAUUAACAGCAGAUCAGGAAACAGAACUCCAAAGUUUAAACCAUCAAUUAAGUGAUGCCAAAAUGAAAAUAAAUGAACUUACUCAGCACGCAACUACAUUAGAAGAAAAACAAGAAGAACAAUUAAAUACCUGUAGACAGGUGGAAUUAGACCAAGAGGAAGUGCAUCUCAUGCAGCAGAAACUUAGAGAGGAACGACAAGAAUUUGAAGAAGAGAAGGAAAAACUACAGACUGAAAUUGAAAAUCAAAACUUAUUAUUUACCUCUCAACAACAGCUGCUAGUUAAAGAAACAACAGAAAAAGAACGACUUCAAAAACAAAUAGAAACAAUGGAACUUCAAUUAAAAGAUUUGAAAGAACAGGUGAAAAGCUCAAAGAACAUAAAAGAAGAGCGAGGAGACAAAUGGAAACUCGCCAAAGAAAAUAAUAAUCAGUCAAAUAACUCAGGUCGUAAACCACGUUCGUAUUCUGACAUGUCUCUUCGCGAUGUUGUUGAGGGGUCAGAAAAGAGUAGUUUGUCUUCCGAUUCAGAAGGGGGAAGCAGUCGACGAAACAGGAAUGAUAAAGCUGUACCUAUACACUUAUUAAGUGCCACAAAUGAGUUAGACACUUCCAGUGAUAUUAAGCAGAAACUCCCGUUUAAGUUGUCAUCUCUCUCUUCCUCUACAACAUCUUUGCAAGGGAAGCGACACUCUUCAUCGUCGUCUAUAGGAACAUCUAGUUCAGUGCCACCGUCCUCCGGGUCGGCAUUAUCUUCGUUGUCCAGCAAACGACACCUUUCUUCUUCGUCAAUAGGCUUGACAAAUACAACCCAAAUGUUGCCCAUGAAACUGGCAAAUUUAUCUAGCACAGCAAGUGAAAAGAAAAGCAAUCAUCGUAAGUCAAAAAAAGACUAUUCCUCCCUUGAGAAUAAUGGAAAAGCACAAGCUAAACACCAAGGGGAACAACAACAACAAGAUGUCAUAUACUUCUGAGCUCCCCAGGUCCUUCAUAAUAUUUGAAUAGCAAUGAAUGAACAGUUAUUCUACCCUGUGGAUAAACAGACCAAUCAGUAUGCAGAUGUUUGAUAAACAGACCAAUCAGUUAUAGAUGUUUGAAAAACAGACCAAUCAAGAUGAAAACAAAAAUGCUUUCAAAAAAACGCCGUAAUGUAAUUUGUGUAUGUUCCGUGUUCUAGUAAUCAUGUGAUGUUGCUGAAGUUUUCAUUAGCUUCUGCAUACUAGAUUUCUGAACGAAACAGAAAUUAUAUUUAAACAAAAAUUUAAACA